AUGGGAAACCAGCCAUCCAAGGAGGGUGGCCACGCUUCCACCAAAGGCCCCGGUGGCGACGGCACCGCUGAACCUCUCAAGUCCUACCCUUCCUUUGGCAGAUCCGACACCAAGGACUCUUCCCGCUCCUUCAAGGCCCUGAGGUCCAAGAUCCCCGGCUCGAGCAAGACGGACAGCCCAAGGAACUCAGUCAUCACCUCCCCUACCGAAGAAAAAUCCGACGCUGCUUCGGUCAAGUCGGGGAAAAGCGCAAAGUCCGGUGUCCCCCGAAGCCGCAAUGACUCCGCCACGUCGCCGACGUCCCCCUCGACUGACAUUGAAUCCCCGCUCGAUGACUCUCAGCCGCCGCCAUCCCCGACCCAGUCCAGCACGAUCAAGAGCGGUGUUCACGACGUGAGCGCAGCGCAGGCAUCAGGAGAGGUCGACCACGUCUCCGACCAACCCCCUUGUGCCGGAGGCAGUCUCAAUACUCACAUGCAGCAGCCGGGCAAGUCCAUCCUGGCCACCAAGAACGCAGAUGGCGCUGCAACCCCGGUCGCCAAAACCUCGUCGACAAACUCGGGGGAUAGACAUGAGGGAGGUGUUGCCAUGAGCGAGAUCAAGGACAUCGACCUCGACGACUUCAUCAAGCGUCUUCUAGACGCGGGCUACGCUGGAAAGGUCACAAAGAGCGUAUGCUUGAAGAACGCCGAAAUUGUCGCAAUCUGCCAACGGGCUCGCGAAGUGUUCCUCUCCCAACCCGCUCUUCUGGAGCUUGACGCCCCGGUCAAGAUUGUUGGUGACGUACACGGCCAAUACACGGACCUGCUUCGCAUGUUCGAGAUGUGUGGCUUCCCGCCCUCAUCCAACUACCUCUGCCUGGGCGACUACGUCGACCGUGGCAAGCAGUCUCUCGAGACAAUCCUGCUGCUUCUGUGCUACAAGCUCAAGUUCCCCGAAAAUUUCUUCUUGCUGAGAGGAAACCACGAGUGCGCCAAUGUUACGAGAGUGUACGGUUUUUACGACGAGUGCAAGCGCCGCUGCAAUGUCAAGAUCUGGAAGACCUUCAUUGACUGCUUCAACACCCUCCCGAUUGCUGCCAUCGUCGCUGGCAAAAUUUUCUGUGUGCACGGAGGUCUCUCCCCCGCCCUCAGCCACAUGGACGACAUUCGCAACAUUGCUCGACCUACCGAUGUUCCCGACUACGGCCUGCUGAACGACCUAUUGUGGUCUGAUCCGGCUGACAUGGAGCAAGACUGGGAGGCCAACGAGAGAGGCGUGAGCUAUUGUUUCGGCAAAAGAGUGAUAUUGGAUUUCCUUGCGACCCACGACUUUGACUUGAUUUGUCGAGCGCACAUGGUGGUUGAGGACGGCUACGAAUUCUUCAACGAUAGAGUCCUUGUAACGGUCUUCAGCGCCCCCAACUAUUGUGGCGAGUUCGACAACUGGGGUGCGGUCAUGUCCGUUUCGAAUGAAUUGCUUUGCAGCUUCGAGCUGCUUAAGCCGCUAGACUCGAGUGCGCUGAAGAGCCACAUUAAGAAGGGCAGGAACAAGAGACAGAGCAUGCUCAACAGUCCGAACAUUUCAGAUCAGAACACAAUAGGCGAAGCAUGCGGUUCCGGCGGCAUCACCAAUACCCUCGGCAGGUGGAAUUCCCCGAAGGACAUGAGCGCCUACUCGGACCGGUCAUAA